GCGAGAGGCCAUUUCCGGGGGUGGAUCUGGUAACGGAACGGGGCGGGGCUUCGUUGCCGAGGAGCCGCCUCCUGCCUCUAGCGAACGCUGGGAGCAACAGAGCGGGACUCCAGAGCUGGCUGAGCAGGAGAUGGCUGAUUCUGACUCUGGGGAAAGAAGCUAUGACAACAUGCUGAAAAUGCUAUCAGACCUGAAUAAGGACUUGGAAAAGCUGUUGGAAGAAAUGGAGAAAAUCUCAGUUCUGGAGGCUGGGAAGUCCAAGAUCAAGGUGUUAGCAGAUCUGGUGUCUCUUCCUGUGCAGGCGACCUGGAUGGCCUACGACAUGGUGGUGAUACGCACUAACCCCAUGCUGGCCGAGUCCAUGCGCCGGCUGGAGGAUGCCUUUCUCAACUGCAAGGAGGAGAUGGAAAAGAACUGGCAGGAGCUGCUCAAUGAGACCAAGCGCAAGCAGUAGGCCCUGCUGCCCACCCCAGGCCGCUCAUCCCAGCUGCCAUGCCACCAUCUCCCUGUGUAGAGAAGCCACCGGGGGGUGGAGCUGGUGCCCAAAUAUACAGCUGUAUGCACUGUACUUGUUUCUCAAUAAACUUAUUUUCAAGCACAA